UGAACACCUUUCUCUCAUUUUUAAUAACGGGAAAUAUAUUUCUCGUAUCAAUAUUUCCUGGUAGGGUCAGUCUGCCCAGCACUGUCGUACCCACAGCCCGCCGCACGCAGCACCCGCUCCCAUUCCCUGCAGGCUCUCCGGGGCCGCCCACAACCGGCGCUGCUCCAAGCUCUCGCUCCGCGCACGCGCUGGCAGCGUCGCUAUGACGACUCGGCGAUGCCCGCAGCGGUGGCUGGAAGCGCUGCGCUCCCCGGCAGGUCGGUGCCCGCGGGGCGGCUGGGCCGGGCGGUCGGGAGGCGCGGGCCCGUCUGCGAGUGGGCUUUCCCGACCCGCUGCCGCCUCACUAGGAACGUCCUGCACUGAGCUCACAAUGAGCUCAUUUCCCGCUGCUGCUGCCCGGCACCGCUGCUGAGAACACGAUGCCUGUUGUAAAAUAUCCCAGGGCUGCAGAGCCUCUCUGGCAUGAAUGGGACAGGAAAGCACAGAAACAUGGAUUAAGACAUACAGUCUAUGCUGUAAAUGGGGAUCAGUAUACUGGAGAAUGGUUGGACAAUUUGAAACAUGGUAAAGGCACACAGAUCUGGAAGCACAACGGUGCUAUUUACAGCGGUGACUGGAAGUUUGGGAAGCGGGAUGGCUAUGGCUCGUACAGCAUCCCUGACCCCGUGACCAAGGAGUACCUGAAGGUGUAUACAGGCUGGUGGAGAAACGACAAAAAAUGCGGCUACGGGACGAUGUUCUACCCCAGCGGGGAGCGCUAUGAGGGCGAGUGGAGCAGCGGGCAGAGGAGUGGUUGGGGUCGGAUGUGCUACGGAGACGGCUCCACCUAUGAGGGGCAGUGGCUGGCAGGCCGGCCGGACGGGCAGGGGAUGCUGUGCCUGCCAAACAAUAAUAGGUAUGAAGGAGGUUGGAAAGAUGGAAAGAAGCAUGGCCCAGGCAGAUUCUUCUACUUGGAUAAGGGACAACUGCUUGAAGGCAUCUGGGUGACAGAUGUACCAAAAUGUGGGAUUAUGAUCGACUUCAGCAGAGAUGCAGCUCCUGCCCCUACCCAGUAUCCAAUCCCAAAGAUUGAACUAGCUGAUCCUGAUGGUGUUUUAGCAGAGGCCCAAGUGAUGUUUGAUGACAGCCAAAACAAAUAAUGGGAUGCUGAAGGAAAAAAGAUGCAGGAUAAGAACACGAUCUCAGGUUACUUACUCA